CUUUUCCUUCAUCUUAUUCUUCUUCUUCUUCUUCAUCUUUUCCAUCCAACUAGUUAUCUUUUCUUCUUAGGACACAGAGACCUCACCUGAUUCAACCUCAGCUAAGAAGAACCAAUUCCUCGCUCUUAUGAGUGGUAGACAUUAGAAAGAUGGGCUUGAUCCAGCCAUUUCAGUUGAAAAUUUGGUACUGAUGCUUAGAGGUCCUUUCUUUUUUCCUUUGUUAGUGAAAGUUUUUAUCAGUUAAUCCAUCAAGGUUUCAAAUAAAGAAAGGGUAAGAUUCAGAGCCACCAAGGAAGCAAAUUUAGACAGAGAAGCUCAAGUUCAUUCAUUCUUCUUCUCAACUCAGGUGGAUUUGUGGGAGAUUUAGGGUUUGAGUAAACCAAAUUAAGAUAUGAAUCCAGUUACAGCUCAUGGCCGUCCUCUUCCUCCUCCCUUUCACACAAGAGAUAUUCAUCUACAACCCCACCACCAAUUUCAACACUCUCACCGACAAAAUUCUGAUGAAGAACAAAACGGUAACGGAAGCUUAAACCGUGGCCAAAAACGAGAUCGUGAUGAAAACAACACUACAACAACAACAACAAUGACCGACAACACAAACAUAACUGAAAACAAAGACGAAUCAGCCAUGGUCCCUGGAGGAGAAGGAGAAAUCAAUAGAAGACCCCGAGGCAGACCGACCGGCUCCAAAAACAAGCCUAAGCCACCUAUCAUCAUAACCCGUGAUAGCGCAAAUGCCCUCCGAUCUCAUGUCAUGGAAAUCGCCAACGGCUGUGAUAUAAUGGAAAGUGUAUCUACAUUUGCUAGGCGAAGACAAAGAGGGAUUUGCAUUCUGAGUGGUUGUGGCACUGUAACUAAUGUAACUCUAAGACAACCGGCUGCACCCGGUGCAGUUGUAUCCUUACAUGGUAGAUUCGAGAUUUUAUCGCUUGCAGGAUCAUUUUUACCGCCUCCUGCGCCACCGGCUGCUUCAGGUCUCACUAUAUAUUUAGCCGGGGGUCAGGGUCAGGUGGUGGGGGGAAGUGUUUUGGGCCCGCUUCUUGCAUCAGGUCCAGUGGUGAUUAUGGCAUCUUCUUUUGGUAAUGCGGCGUAUGAGAGACUUCCAUUGGAGGAAGAAGAGGCACCGGUGGGCUCCAUGCCUGGGAGUGGACCCCUAGGGUCGCCGGAACUUUUGGGGCAACAGCCACCAGGGCAGCAGCAAGAACAACCACAGCAAUUGAUGCAAGAUCCUAAUGCUUCUUUCAUUCAUGGCUUACCACCAAAUCUUCUAAAUUCCGUGCAAUUACCAGCUGAGGCCUAUUGGGGCACAGGUCGUCCUUCUUUUUAACGCAAAAACAGAUUAUGCUACUUCUUCUCCUUUUCUUUCUUUUUUUCUUUCCUUUUUUCUUCAUACUUGUUUGAGGUCUUUAAUCACCUUUCAUUCUUCUUCUUCUAUAAGUUAGUUUAUGUUAUGUUGAUCUUGGAAUUCAGCUACCUUUUAUUGAAGAAGGAUGUAAAAAUUGAUGAAAUGGUUUUUGCUUUUAAUUAAUGGCACUUUUUUCUGUUCA